AUGACAGAAUCUCAUUCUCCUAGAAAUCCUAAUAAUAAUACAACUGCUCAAAGUCCCUUCACUAGAUUAUCCAGAAUUGCUGAGGAUUUUCUCAUGCAAGAUCAUGAAAGAAAUAUCGAUAUGAGAAGUUUGUUACAAGAAUCUGUAGAUACUUUAGCAAAUUAUCAUGAUGAAUGUAAAAAAUUGAAAAAAUACCAUAAUCAUACUCGUAAUAAAUCUCAAUCAAGCGCUAACGAUGACGAAGAUUUAUAUACAUUAUAUGAAUCUGCUUAUAUCUAUUAUAAGAUUGUUCAUAUUUUAAUUUCAACAACAAUACCUUCAUUAAAGAAUUUUAGUGAAAUUAAAUCUAUGAAUGCAAAUGAUCAUGAAAAAGAAAUGUUUCAAAUUUAUAAUAUGCUAGUCAAAAGUUUAUCGAAUGAUGAAUAUAUUUUAACGAUUAAAAAUUUUAUACGAAAUUACUCAAAUAAGGAUAUGGAAUUUAAGCCUAUUACAGAUAAUAAUAAAAAUAUCGAUGUUUUCCCAAAGACAGGCUCACAUAUUACUUCGUCAGUCUUAGCCACUAUUCUACAAACUGAUCCAGAUUCCACUCUUUUAAUUGAUGUUAGAACAAGACAUGAUUUCGAAUUAAAUCAUAUCAAAUCGAAUUCCAUCAUUUGUAUUGAACCAAUUUCUUUUAAAAACAAUUAUUCAGAUGUUGAUAUUGAAAGAAAAUCUUUGAUUACAUCACCAAAUUCUGAAAUAGAAAUCUUUAAGAAUAGAGAAAAUUAUAAAUUCAUCAUUUUAUACACUGACGAUUCAAGACCUACUAAUCAAUUCAACAACAACUCCAAUAGUAAUGUUACUAACGAUUUUUAUAUCCAUAAAUUAAACGUUUUAUUUAAUAUCUUAUUAAAUCAUUCUGUUGCCAAAAAUUUGAAUAGUAAUUUAAAUCAUGUUUAUUAUUUAGAAGGUGGUAUACAAAAUUGGAUUAAGAAUGGCGGCCCUCUCUUGAAAAGUGAAAAAAUCAACAAUCAUUUAAAUUCCGGGGAAAAUUAUUAUUUAACAUCAUCAUCAAAUCACGAUUUCAAGAUAGAUAGUAGUAACUAUAAUAAAGAAAAUAAGCACUCAUUAAGCUUAUCACCAAAAAUAACGCCAAUGAAUAUGGAUCAAUCGAUGAAAGAUAUGAUGCUGUCACCAAAUGGUAAUCCAUCAUACCACUUAAAUAAUAAUUCAUAUGAUUCAAGGACACAACAGAAACCUGUUUCAAUUAAUAAAAAUCCAAGCAUUAAAAAUUUUGUUAAUUCUUCUUUUAAAUCUAAUUCAACAACUUCAACUCCAAACAAUAAUACCAAUUCUAUUAAUUCAAGAAGCCCAACAUCUUUACCUUCUGCAAAAUAUCCAAAUAUAUCUCCACAGAUAAAUCAAUUCUCCAGACUUUAUUCUUCAUUUCCUGAUACAGUUUCUAAUGAAAGGAAUAACACCAUGUCACCAGAGUUUUCACGUAAUCAAUCUGGUACAUUUUCACCAAAUCCAACUCCAUUGAAUCCAUCUUUAACAAAUAAUUCAACAUCUGGAUUAACUUCAUAUCCGGAAGCCCCAAACAUUUUAACAAAUGGAAAUAAUUCAAAUAUUCCUAGUAGACCAAUUACUCAAGUAUCACCAAUUAAUACAAGAGCUGUGACUCCAAACUCUAAGAAUUACAUUUCUCAAGCUCAACAUUUACUAAUGACAAACAGCCAACCCAACUUACAAACAAGCUUAAUUAAUGAACAACAAAAUCAAUUGACUUCAAAUAAUAAUCAUUCUUCUAAUAAUAAGAAUCCGAGCAGCCAACCUAUGAUACCAAGCAAACCAACACUAUUAAAAGCAAAACAAUUACCCUCACCAAGUAAUAAUUCUAUUCAUAAUAGAUCAAAUUAUCAAUCAAAUUCAAUGGCAAACUCUGCCGCAGCUUCUGCGAUGGCAAGUCCUUCAUCAAGAACCCCAUCCCAACCAAUCCCUGCAUUACCUAAAAUGCCCCCCAAACCUAAAAGUUUAUCUGGUACAAAUUUUGAUACUCGUGCUAGAAGCAGUUCAUAUGGCUCUUCUCAACAGUUGCAUUAUCCGACUAGCAAUUCUAGUUCUAACCAAAAUAAUGGUUUAACUCACCAUCCUAAUAAUACAACAAUGACAAUUAGUCAAUCUUCAAACGGCUAUACGCCUGAUUUAGAUUUAGAUUUUAAAGUAGGAUUAGAAAAUAUGGGUAAUUCGUGUUACUUAAACUGUAUUAUUCAAUGUUUAUUAAACAAUCAUGAAUUAACAAAGAUGUUUUUAAAUAAUUCGUACGAAAAACAUAUCAAUAUUAAUAGUAAAUUAGGAUCCAAAGGGAUACUAGCAAAGAGUUUUGCAAGACUAGUUCAUUCAAUGUACCAGAAUGGUACUUUAUCUAUUAAAAAUCACAGCAAUAAGAAAAAUCCACCUGUUCAGCCAAUUACUUUUAAAACUGCAUGUGGAUCUAUCAAUUCAUUGUUUAAAGGUUCAAAUCAACAAGAUUGUCAAGAAUUUUGUCAAUUUUUACUUGAUGGAUUACACGAAGAUUUAAAUCAAUGUGGGGCAAACCCACCAUUGAAGGAAUUAUCUACUGAAGCAGAAAGAAUGAGAGAAAAAUUAUCACUAAGAAUAGCAUCUUCCAUUGAAUGGGAAAGAUUUCUAACUACCGAUUUCAGUGUCAUCAUUGAUUUAUAUCAAGGUCAAUAUGCUUCACAAUUAAAAUGCCAAGUGUGUGGGACCACAUCAACUACUUAUCAAACAUUUUCAGUUUUAUCUGUACCAGUUCCUAAAAACAAGUCUAUUCAUUUAUUGGAUUGCUUUAAUGAAUUUACCAAGACUGAAUUCUUAGGUAAAGAUGAAUUAUGGUCAUGUACAGAAUGUAAGAAAAAACAGCCAUCAACAAAAACACUGACCAUUACUAGAUUACCAAAGAAUCUAAUCAUUCACUUAAAGAGAUUUGAUAAUAUGCUACAUAAGAACAAUGUUUUUGUUAAAUAUCCAUUAAUUUUGGAUUUGACCAAUUAUUGGGCCAAUGAUUUUGAUGGUAAAUUGCCACCGGGUGUUACUGAAGAAUUGCCUGCAAGAGGACAAAUUCCACCUUUCAAAUAUGAAUUAAGUGGUGUUGCAUUACAUAUGGGUAGCUUGUAUGGUGGUCACUAUACAGCAUAUGUAAAUAAAGGGUUAAAAAAUGGUUGGUAUUAUUUUGAUGAUACAGUUUACCGUUCUAUCAAAUAUUCUAGUGAAAUGAUUACACAAAAUGCAUAUGUUUUAUUUAUCAUAGAGUAUAUGGCGUUUAAGAGAUACGAAAGUUUAACCACUCAACCGAUCAUUGAAAUCCUCAUUUUCUAUCUCAUCACAUUUCUUUUUUAUAGAAUUAAUGCAUUUAAAAAAACUUUUUUUAAUAUAAUUUACGAACUUUUUUUUUAA